GGAAUUUUCUUUUUCAGGAGAGCUAUCAACAAAAAUGGAAUUAAAAUUAAUUCUUCUGUUUAUUUUGGCCGCAAUUCUAAUUUCUGAAAUUCAAUCUGCUGAACAUAAAGAGAGAAAGCAUAAGUAUCGCAAACACAAGAAAUGGUCUCCACCUGCAGCACUGUCAAGCAAUUUGGAUGAGGAAGGUCCACAAGGAAUCUCAGACGAAGAAGAAGCCCUUAAAGUUGCCGAAGAUUUAGCAAAACAGCAAGAACGAGAAAGAGAAAGGGAAACUUCUGAAGCUGAUGAUUCUGACGUAACUGAUGACAAAACUCCCCUUAUUGACCCGUGCUCUAAAGUACAUUGCGGAGCUGGUAGAGUUUGCCAGUUAGAUGAAAAUGAAGAUCCUCUCUGUGUGUGUAUCCCAGAAUGUCCCGAAGAGACAGAAGAACGUCGUAAAGUAUGUUCCAACUAUAACGAAACAUGGCCAUCCGACUGUUCUAUCUACCAACAACGUUGCUGGUGUAGUACCAAUGACAAAAAAUGUAAAGAAGAAAAAUACAGACACAUCCACAUCGAGUACUAUGGCGUCUGCCGUGAUAUGCCGGAAUGCAAGAAAGAAGAAAUGGACGACUUCCCACGCAGGAUGAGAGAUUGGCUCUUCAACGUUAUGAGAGAUCUUGCUGACCGUCAAGAACUCACUCCUCACUACUAUAAAAUGGAAAAAGAAGCCGAAAAUAAUCUCACUCGUAGAUGGGUUAAUGCCGCUAUUUGGAAAUGGUGUGACUUAGACAUGAGUCAUGACAGAACCGUGUCGCGACACGAACUCUUCCCGAUUCGUGCCCCAUUAAUGUCCCUAGAGCAUUGUAUGGCUCCGUUCUUGGACUCAUGUGAUACUGAUAACAAUCACAAAAUUACACUUAAAGAAUGGGGAAAAUGUUUAAAUAUUGACGAGGACGAAUUGGAAGACAGAUGCGAUGAAAUUGAAGAAAAUAAUAACAAAAACAAUGACAAUAAAAUCAACGAAUUAGUUUAAACAUAAGCAUAUUUAAAUUUUAGAUAUACUUCUUAUGUAUGAUACUUUAAUAAGUUUUUCUUGGAGUUAAAAAUUAAAUGUAAAAUUAAAAACUCACUGCCAAAUAAUGUUAACGUAAUUGUUAUUCAUAAAUAAUAUUGAUAGGCCUUUUUAUUGUUACUGUUUGUGCCAAUUAGUUAUCUAAUAAUGAUUUCCAAUGCUCUUUAAUUAAUUAAUACAGUCUCUAGCUUAGAAUAUACGAAAUACAAAUAUUGUAAAUAAAGUUUUUACUUUCUAA